AAUGGAAGGUACAGUUUCGAAAUUUGUUGGUCCGUGGCCACCAAAUCGUUUAAAGUCAGAUGAUCGAGAAUUUGAUAUAUGUUGUGAUACAUUUCAUCGAUCAUCCAAUCACAUGAAAGCCCGGUUUGGAAACAUCACUUCGAUUUCUCGGUUUGUUAAUAAUAAUAGCUAUCAUUGGACAAAUAUAUUCAAGUUAAGGGGGAAUAUGCAUACUGUUGGGAAAAAGACCCCUUCAAAACUAUCAUAUGUCGUCGAUCUAUUUCCAUUUGUGAAAAAGUCGGCUUCUGUCUACGAACAAGAAACAGUCGAGCUGAAUGGACACGAUAGCUUUGAACUUGGCAAUGACGAUAGAGUGAACCUGUUGGAAACACAGUAUGAUACUCAGACCCAGAAACGGGGGGCACCUAUCUGCGGUCAUAAGUUUCAUGCCAUACAUCAUGGGCUCUUUGUAUUGUUGAACACUUUUAUGUUGGUUGCAGUGUUUGCGCUGAGAAGGUUGUGGAAUCAAGAGCUAAUAGACUCAUAUCCGGAAAGCUUGACACAAAUUAGAGUUGCAUUUUACCUGGAAGCUAUAACCAGAGUAAUAACACUAGUGCUUGCAUCGGUAUUUCAUACUUAUAAGAAAUACCCGGUUCUAAACAUCCUCGGAUUGAUACUAGGACGUCUAGAUUAUCAUCUGCUGGUACACUUUUACAGAGAACACAACGAUAUCCGUACACUGCUUUUUGCAGUAGAAGCAACGUACUUGUUUGGAAGCGUUAGCACAUUACUCUACGUCUGGGCCGGUCUUUGUCAAGCGGCUGCUGG